GUGAAAUAAGAAUCUGCCAUUUGUGUGACGGCACUUUCAAAACGACUGUUUUUUUUUCUUUCAGCUUCAUCGACAACUUUUCAACAAAAGUGCACUUUUCCCUCCUUGAAGUCCAAUUACAGCAGACAAAAGCCUCACUAAGGAUGUCAGACCUCACAGCCAAGUUCCAAAAGCUCUCACUCUCAUCGCUGGAAUCACCAACCACUCAAUUUGGCGAGCUCUCGGAUGAGCAGAACGCACUACAAUCCCAAUGGCUCACACUGUCAAAGAGAUUCCCAGAGACUUUCAAAGAGUUCAACGAAAACUUGAAGAGCAAGACCUACCUCUUGGGUAACGCACCAUCGGAGGCCGAUGUUGUUGCCUUUGGCAGAGCGUUGCCAUUGCUCAAGAAGUUUGAGUCUAAGGAUUACGCUGCAAACCGUCAUGUGAUUAGAUGGGCAGACUUGAUUCAGAACACUCUUGUCGAUGUUCCAGACAGCGAGAAGGUUGUUGUGGACUUCUCCGUUGAACUUCCAAGAGAGAUCAAGGAGAAGCCAAAGAAGGAGUCCAAGGAAGCAGCAGCACCAAAGGAGGCCUCCAAGGAAGCUAAGAAGGAGAAGAGUAAGAAGGAUGACAAGCCAAGAGGUAAGCCAGACGAGGAGACUCUCAAGAAAUUACGCGAAGAGGCUGCAAAGGCUAAGAAGGAGAAGAAGGCCAAGGCCCAGGCUGAUCAGCAGAAGAAGGCCGCAGAGGUAGUACCACCAAACCCAGGAAUGAUUGACUUCCGUGUCGGUUUCAUCCAAAAGGCCAUCAAGCACCCAGACGCGGACUCCCUUUACGUCUCCACCAUUGAAUGUGGCGAUGAAGAAGGUCCACGUACAGUGUGUUCCGGUUUGGUCAAGCACUUCCCAUUGGAGGCCUUGCAAGAGCGUUACGUCGUUGUUGUUGCCAAUUUGAAGCCUGUUAACAUGAGAGGUGUCAAGUCCACCGCAAUGGUGUUGUGUGGUUCCGAUGAUGAGCACGUUGAGUUUGUCGAGCCACCAGCAGGCUCCAAGGCAGGUGACAAGGUGUUCUUUGAAGGCUUUGACUCAACACCAGAGAAGCAGCUCAACCCAAAGAAGAAGAUCUGGGAACAAGUCCAGCCAGGAUUCUCAACAAAUGAUCAAUUGGAAGUUAUCUUCAAGCAAGAGGGUAAACCAGACGCAAAGCUUACAAACAAGAACGGUGACAUUUUCAAGGUUGCAUCCAUCACCAAUGCAAAUGUUCGUUAGUUGAUGUAUAACACAGAAGAAUGUCUAAUGAACUAGAG